AUGGUGCAUAUAAUCAACGGCGAGAUCGUCCCAGACGACGACCCACGUGUGCGUGCACGCCAGCAGCCACAGUCGAGUCAGCAGCUCAGUCGACGCUUUGGAUCCGUGCAUACCUCUGGGCCAGAUGCAUCUCCAACUGCUAGAGCGCCUCCACCAGCCACUGGUGCCCCAUCACUCCAGGGGCUUGCACGACAGAUCGGGCUAGAGGGCACUGUGACCAUUCCAGGAGUCCUGGGUUUGUCACCUAGGCCUAUUCCAAAGAUCUAUUUGGCAGUUGCCGCACUACUCACGGUAUUCUUUGGCUGGCGCGCGCUAGUGUUUAUAGCUUUUUUCCUUUUUUUGUCAGCACAGCAACCAGCAGCAUCGAGACAUACGUAG